CACAGGGAUAUGGCUGACGAGAGGGGUGGAGGCGAAGACAACAUCAACGACAACAUGGGGAACCAGUUACAACUUUUACCAGACAAUGAGGAAGAGGAGGAGGAAGAUGACAUGGAGACUGAAGACCGAGAUAACGAGGAGGCGGAGAAGCCCAACAUCAUCACCUUUGACCCAAGUCUUCCCACAUCACAUGCUUAUCUGGGCUCAGACAUGGAGGAGUUUCAUGGCCGUACAGUCCACGAUGACGACAGCUGUCAGACCAUUCCUGUGCUGCCACACACGGCUGUGAUGCUGGUGCCGGGCCAGACGCUGCCUCUGCAGCUCUUCCGGCCACAGGAGGUCAGCAUGAUGAGGAGCGUCAUCCAGAGAGACCGCACGUUUGCUGUGCUUGCACACAGUGACGCAGGUGAGCCGGAGGCAGAGUUUGGGACAACGGCUGAAAUCUAUGCAUAUCGGGAGGAGCAGGAGUAUGGCAUUGAAACAGUCAAAGUGAAAGCUGUGGGGAGACAGAGAUUCAAGGUCCAUGAGAUAAGAACUCAAGCAGACGGGAUCCGACAAGCCAAAGUACAGAUCCUUCCAGAACGAAUCCUUCCAGAUCCCCUCUCUGCUGUUCAGCUUAUACCCCUGUCCAGGCUCCACAUGCACCCUUCCUCCAAACCCCCAACUCAGAGCUGCAAACAGGCCCAGUACUGGUGGAAUAACUACCAACAGAGGAAGUUUCACUGUGCCAGUCUGACACCAUGGCCACCCUGGGUCUAUGCACUCUAUGACUCUGAGUCGCUCAUGAACAGGGUGAAGAAACAGCUCCACGAAUGGGACGAGAAUCUGAAGGAUGACUCUCUCCCUACAAACGCCAUAGACUUCUCCUACAGAGUGGCGGCCUGUCUGCCCAUAGACGACGCUCUGCGGCUCCAGCUGCUGAAGAUCGGCAGUGCCAUCCAGAGACUUCGCUGUGAACUGGACAUCAUGGACCGGUGCACGUCACUGUGCUGUAAGCAGUGCCAGGACACGGAAAUCACCACUAAAAAUGAGAUCUUCAGCUUGUCUCUGUACGGCCCCAUGGCUGCGUAUGUCAACCCUCACGGUUACGUCCAUGAGACCCUGACUGUCUACAAAGCCAACAACCUCAACCUGGUCGGCAGGCCAUCCACACUGCACAGCUGGUUUCCAGGGUACGCCUGGACAAUUGCUCAGUGCCGAACCUGCGGAUCUCACAUGGGUUGGAAGUUCACUGCCACCAAGAAGGACUUGUCUCCACCUCGUUUCUGGGGUCUGACCCGUUCAGCGAUGCUCCCCCGUAUCCCCCAGGGCGAGGGGGAGGAGGGGAGGGAGGGCUCUCGCCUCUUCUGCCUGUGACGUCAGACCAUCAACCUGCAAAAACCCCCCGAGCCUGGAUUACUUUUAGUUAUCAACGCAUCACACAAUGCCUGUCACCCCUGGCAGCAAAUCCAUCAUAUUAGUGACAGGGUCAUUCGGCCUUUAAAUGGCAAUCUACAAGCAAAUUAGAACAGGAUGGAGGCAGUGAUUGUUCUUAUAGGUUUUUAAAAUGUGGGGGCAGUGGUGAGACAACUUGGUGAUAAAGUGAGAAAUAAAUGAAGAAUAACAAACUGAACAGAUUGACUCCAUGACAAGUAGUAACAUCCUAGCAUGCAGCUCCCCUGUCCAGCUGUCUUCUUGGUAGCUCACACAGAAACACAAAAGCUAUGCUUAAUGUACAAUCUCCCCUCGACUCCUUUUCUCCAUCUAAUGGAGAGUGUUACUGCAUGUAGUUGAGAUAGAGAUAUCAUCGACAGGUAUGCUACAUUAGCCCACUUAAAUAUGCUGUAGGACAACCAGUCAACAUAGAGUAAAUUCACUUAGCACUCAUAUCCUCUGUGGGUUCCUAAUAAUGUUUUCUGUAAUUUCAGCUGCCAUAGGUCAGUGGAGGGCGCUGUUUGAAUGAAAGUGCACUCGUGUGUGUAGAUCUGUCAUGAUAGAGGAUAUUUUGAAUUUUGGAAUUAAAUUAGAUGUAUUUUUGUAUGCCAGAAGAUUGGAACUUAAUUUAACAUACUCAUUCAUGUGUGGAGAAACUGCUUUUUUAUUAUCACACCAGUUUUUGUAAUAAAUGAAAAACUGAGGUGAAAAUAACGAUAAUGUGUAAUAUACUUGAUAUGAUCGAUGUGUGUUUUGUAUUCAACUAAAGCUCAUUGUCUUGUCGGAUGAUGUGCUUCAGGAAACAAGCGUUAUCUGGCUGCACAAGUGAAAAUUUGAGAUGUCUUGGUGCCUCGUGGCAGACUGUUUUGUUUUGUUUUUUUUGUGGUUUUUUUUAGGUCUACGCUAUUGAAGACAGAGCGAAAGGAGUGUUUACCUUCCUUCAUUUAGUUUGUUCAUGUUGUGUGGCAUUUUAAAGUGGUGUGCCUAUGCUCCAGCUCAGAGUCUUCUCAUAAGUUUGUUAAAGCAGUGAGCCGCAGGCGCGAAUGAAAGAUUGUAAAGGGCAAAAAGGUGAUAAGACUUUGCUUUAAUUUAAGUUUUUUAGGAUUCUCUCUGGUUUGUAGUCACACAGUUUUCAGGAUUCUACUUCUUGCGAUUUUGUUGCAAGGUGCUGGCUCACGUUUGUAUAAAUGUAACUGUAAAUAAGAGGCAUUUGUUGUGUAAUAUAACUGGCGUUCUACUGAAUCUGACUCUUAUUUCUCAUAUCUCUUCACGUCACAGAGAAUUGUUGGACAAACUCUCGUCUUCAGUAAGCAGAGUAAUAUAAGAAAACGUCAAGAAUCUGAAGAUGGUGAUCUGUCUAAUGAAAUGUUUUUGGAUGAUUUCUUAGAGGAAUAGUUCGACAUUUUGGGAAAUUUCAGGCUGUUUGGUUUCUUGCAGAGAGAUAGAUGAGAAGAUUGGUACCACUCAUAUCUUUUGGAUAAAUAUGAAACUAACGGGCUGCUGACUGUCACUUUAUUUCUAACAGGCAUCUCAUCUAACUCACUGCAUUCAAGCAAAUAAUGAUUUUUCCGAAAAUGUCAAACUAUUCCAUUAAAGAGAAACAAUUUAGAACAUCUUAUGUGUUCUCAUUAUGGAUGAAGCACAAUGUCAUAUGGGUCUACAGUUUUGCG